AUGAUCGAGGGACCAACAAGAAAACACCAAUUGCAGAAAUAUAAUGUAAAUGUGCCACAUUUUUACAGAUUUUCACAGUUUUCCAGAUAUCACGAGUUCUAACUGUUGCUACGGAGCCAAUUGCUAAAGAUAAAAAAAUUGAUAAUGUUGACUACAAGUUUAUACACGUUUUUGACAUGCCGAGCCAGGUUUGAAGCCAAAAAUCUACAAAUAUAAGUUUUCGGUUGCAGUCAAUUCUAAGGAAUGGAAUUCUGAAAGAAGCGAUUAAAUAUAUUGACGAAGCAGUUGGAAAUGAUGAAACUGUUGUAGUUCAUUGGUAAUUUCAGCAUUUUUAAGUUUGCAAAAUGUAGUUGCUUCAGUCUGGCUGCAAUUUCCCGAAGCGUGACGAUUUGUGUGGGUUAUCAAAUGUUAAAGAAUAACUGCACAGUCGAAGAAGCUCUUAGAAUGGUUCAAAGUGUUCGUGAAGCAGCAGCGUAACUUUGCAAAGUUCAGAAAACUCAAAGACUGGAUAAUUUUAAGACCGAACAUAGGAUUUAUGUCGCAAUUGCGAAUUUGGGAACGAUGCGGAAUGGAUUUUUCAGAAGAAAAUUAUGAAAAUUUGAAAUGCCACAUUCCGGGUGUCUAUGACGUGAGUCAGAAAACACUUUGGCGAUUUCCAGUUAUUGAUGAUCGAACUAAAAUCAGAUUCAAGUGAGUUGAAAAUUUAAAAAUGACUGCGCUGCCUUUGAUAGUCUAAACUCUGCUUUUGAUAAUUAAGGCGCUGCUUUUGAUAAUUUAGUCGCUGCUGGCGCUUAAUAUUUUGAAUUCCUGUCGUUUUUUCAGAUGCCGAUCGUGUCGAAAGUUGAUCUUCAGCGCUGAUAACAUCAUGCAUUCCAUUCACGACGUUUAUCAAUUUCUUCAUUUCAAGAAAUUCCUUUCCAUUUUCAGUCAUGCAAAAAGUAUUUGAUUGAACCGAUGGCAUGGCUCGAGGUAAAAAAUGCCGCGUGCUCUCUGAGCCAUUCGUGCGGAGCCAAACUCGGUCAUUUUGACGCGCAAGGAUCAAAGUGCACAGGCUGCGCAAAGUUUGGUGAGAGCUUCAAAAUAGAAAGCAUGCAUGAAAUUGAAUUGAACUAUUUCAGUAAGACCAUGGAUCAUCAUCGAUAAAUCGAAAGUCGACAAGAUUAAAGCUGAGGAGCCAACUGCGGCUUGA